UUGAAAUACAAGCCGGCGCAAUAUCCGAAUCAUGAGAAUCUUGAAUACUGUCUCAUCUUCUUAGACUAUUUAUCUUUCCUCAUACUUAUCUUCCAAAGCAACAACAACCCCCUAAUCAAACCCUAGCAAAAACAAAAGGGGUGAACACCCAAAAACCUGUAGUCAUCUCCAUGUCUCUAGACUCUCACAUGGAGAAGGUUCUUUGGACCGAGGACCAGAUUCAGGACCGAGUGGCCCAGAUUGCCUCUCAAAUAACCCACGAUUUCAGGGCAGCUCCCCACCCUCCUCUCAUUGUGGGAGUUGCCACCGGCGCUUUCUUGUUCUUAGCCGAUCUUGUCAGGCGCAUCCACCUCCCCAUCUCGGUUGACUUGGUUCGAGCUCAAUCUUAUGGCUUCGCUACUCUCUCUAAUGGAGCUCCCACCAUUUCCCUUGACUUGAAGCUUGACGUUAAGGGUAAACACGUCGUUUUGGUUGAGGAUAUUGUAGAUACAGGAUGCACUUUAUCCUAUCUCAUUGGACACUUGGAAUCAAAAGGAGCAUCCUCUGUAUCUGUCUGCACUUUUCUUGAUAAACCAGCAAGAAGGAAGGUUGAUAUUGAGCUAGUUGGUGAUGGAAAGUUCUACAAGGGAUUUGAGAAGCACCCCUGUACCCCAAGGGAGUCCAGGGAGAUCUGACCAUGCCCAGCCAGCCUGAGAGAAAGGAAAAGUUGAAACCAAGAUGUCCAGAUUAUUUCGUUGUUGGUUAUGGAAUGGACUUUGCGGAACUAUAUAGGAACUUGCCUUAUGUUGGUGUCUUGAAGCCUGAACACUACAAGUGAUUUGAUUUAUCUCUGGCAUUUUGAGUAGAUGUAGAACAGUUCAGGUCAUUUAGGAUUCAAGAAGCAGCCACAUGAUAAUGUUGAAUUUAAAGAGUCUAAACCAUUGGUAUUAGCAUGGAGUAUAAGAUUUGGCAUUACUUAUUUUAGAAGCCAAAGUGAUUGUAACCAAAGAAAGGAAAAAGCCAAAGUGAUUUAUAGGAAGAACAAAAGAUGUCUCUUGCACAUUCACUUAUAUAGGUUUUUGCCAAUUUUAUUUGCUGAGUUCUA